AUGGAUUCCGAGAAGAAUUCCAAAGAGGUCAACAUUACCUCUGACGGCCACGAGGCGAAUCAUCAUGUUACAGACAGCGAACCGCUCGCUCAAGUGCCCAAAGGACGAUGGGACCGCUCCUGGCCAGUCAUUGCAUGCGGUGCCGGACUGUUCUCUGAUGGGUAUCUCAAUGGCGUGAUCGGUUCUGUGUCAACUAUGCUGCGCAUCAUCUACGGAGAUACGUACUGGAAGUCCUCCGCACGAAGUGCUGUUCCCAGUAUUGCAUUCGCGGGGACAAAGGUUGGCCACCUCUUCUUCGGCGUACUCAGCGACCAUUGGUCCAGGCGCAACUCGUUGCUCAUUUCAACGAUCAUCUUGAUCUUGUUCUCCAUACUCUGCGCUGGAGCAUAUGGUGCAGGCGGCAGUGCUCAUGGAUUGUUCACUGCCCUUUCGGCGUAUCGGUUUCUGAUCGGGCUGGGUAUUGGCGGAGAGUACCCAGCUGGCUCGGUCGGCGCCGCGGAGUCGACCGGCGAGCUCAAGACCGGACACAGGAACCGAUGGUUCAUCUUCGCCACCGAUGUACAGAUUGACCUUGGCUUUGUGGUUUCGGCUUUCGUUCCAAUGGUCGUGGUCUUGGCUACGGGAGAAAACCAUCUGCGAGCAGCAUGGCGUAUCUGUCUUGCAUUGGGUGCGAUUCCGCCCUUGAGCUUGAUCUACCUCCGGAUCAAGCUCAAGGAACCCGAGCAGUACACUAAAAACAAGAUGCAUAAGUAUCCCGUGUGGCUUAUCGUGAAGUUCUACUGGUGGAGGUGCACAGUGAUAUCGAUCAUCUGGUUUGUCUACAAUUUCUCUGCAUACUCAUUCGGCAUCUUUGCGUCCAGCUGGCUGGUGUUCAUCCUGCCCAACGAUGCACCGUUGUGGAAGUCCUUCGGCAUGGCCACAGCAAUCAACAGCUUCUGGAUACCCGGCGCUGUCUUUGGGGCGUUCCUCUCCGACUGGAUCGGCCCCAAGAACGGCCUCAUUCUCGGUGUGACCCUCCAAGCAUCGUCGGCUUCGCAAUGA